GCUACGGUGGAAGGUGUGCACUGGCCAAAAGAUAGAGAAACGAAGGUAAAAGACGCAAACGUACCUAGUGCAGCACCUCGCAUGAUCCAGAGGCUCACCUUCUCAAGGAUAAACGAGGGAAAUAACGGUGGCUAAGUUUAUUGUUCGACGGAAGAUCCAUCGUUUCAGCGCCAUGUCUAAGAUUGGAUUAGCAGUAUUUAUCGUUGCGCUCACCCUGGUGCGUUCCGAGCCUCCAGUGAAUUCUUAUUUACCACCGGGCGGAGGUGGUCCCGGGGGUGGUAAUGGUGGAGGUGGCGGAGGUCCUUCAAACACUUACGGACCACCUGGAUUCGAUGGCCAGAAUGGUAUCGGUGGAGGCCCUGGAGCUUCCGGCGGUGGUUUAUCGAAUAGUUACGGAGUACCUACUGGUGGAAACGGUUUCAACGGUGGUGGUUCUGGCAAUGGAAGACCUAGCUCGAACGGUGGGCGAAACGGUGGAAGCAGAGGAAAUGGUUUCGGAGGUGGUCAGCCUUCCAGCUCUUACGGGCCGCCAUCCAGUGGAUUCGGUGGAAACGGAGGUUCUGGUGGCGGAAAACCCUCGAGCAGCUAUGGAGCACCUGGUGGAGGAAAUGGAUUCGGCAAUGGUGGAAACAACGGCGGUAGCAAAAACGGAUUCGGUGGCAGUCCAUCGAGCAGUUAUGGCCCUCCGGAAAGUGGAAACGGAUUCGGUGGUGGUAAUGGGGGUGGAGCUCCGUCUGGCCUCUACGGACCUCCGGGAAGGAAUGGAAACGGAAAUGGUGGCAAUGGUGGAAAUGGUGGCAAUGGUGGGCGACCAUCGAGCAGCUACGGUACUCCUGAUAGGAACGCUGGAAGACCGUCAGGACUUUACGGACCACCUGGCAGAAAUGGAAAUAACGGUGGUGGAAAUGGAGGAUAUAACGGUGGUAAUGGUGGCAGUGGUGGUUUUGGACCAAGUGGAGGCAACGGUGGAUAUCCGUCCGGAGGACCCGGUGGCAACGGAGGUGGCAGCGGAGGCUUCCCUUCUGGUAGUCCAGGCGGCAACGGAGGCUAUCCUUCGGGAGGUCCAGCUGGAAAUGGAGGCUAUCCCUCUGGAGGUCCAGGUGGAAACGGUGGAGGCAAUGGUGGAGGUUACGGAGAAAAUGCGGAUGAUGGAAGUAACGAACCAGCAAAAUACGAAUUCUCUUACGAAGUAAAAGAUGAUCAAUCCGGGGCUGAUUACGGACAUACCGAAAGCAGAGACGGCGACCGAGCUCAAGGAGAAUUCAACGUAUUACUUCCCGAUGGAAGGAAACAAAUUGUUGAAUACGAAGCCGAUCAAGAUGGGUUCAAGCCUCAGAUUAGAUACGAAGGUGAAGCGAACUCGCAAGGAUAUGGAUCUGGUGGACCAGGAGGUAACGGUGGAGGUGAUUUUGGUAGUAAUGGAUAUCCAAGUGGCGGACCUAACGGAGGUGGAGCUGGUGGCAAUGGAUACCCAAGUGGACCUAAUGGAAAUGGACUUGGUGGUAAUGGAUACCCCAGUGGUGGACCUAAUGGAGGUGCACCAGGUGGAAAUGGUUACCCUUCAGGAAGGCCAGGUAGUGGACCUGACUUCAACGAUGGAGGUUUCCCGUCCGGAAGACCAGGUGGCGCCAACGGUGGAUACAGAAACGGAAACAAUGGUGGCAAUGGUAAUGGAGGAUAUCCAUCCGGAAGCGGUGGCGAUGCUGGGGCCAACGGAGGAUACCAAUACUAAAUAUUCAUCUAGGUGUAGUGAUAUAUACAUAUAUCGCGUGUACUACAAAAAAGGGAAUAUAUAGGGCAACGUUUAUCAUAACGCAUAGGAUAGUUUCUGUCUGGAACAGUAGAAAUGCGAAUGGAAUUGCCAAUGAUAAUAGCAUCCGGUACGAUCGAACUUUUGGGUCGGCAUCUAAUAUAUUUAAUCGCUUUAGCACAAUUUCAAUUCAACGAUCGUGGAAUGAACAAAAUGGUAACUCGUUUAACUGUGAAGACAAACAGGUUUUUAAGAUGCAGUGCAUCGUUUGUUUCAGACAUAGUAUCCUUCCUUAGUGUAAACAUAAUGAUUAUUCGUACGAUAAACAUGAAGACCUCACAGUUGAUUAUUAGACGUAAACGAUAUCGUUGAGUAUUAGUUGCAUACACUGUACCAAUAUGUACUCGUUCACGGUAGAUUAUGUGUUGCAAUAAUACUAAUCGUAUCGUUUAAUUGACUUAGCAAAAAGAGCGGAUCCAGAAGCGUUGCUUGAGAAUGUUUCUGAAUCAUUUUUACAGAAUUUAAAACUUAUUUAUAUUAGCAUCUUUAUUCAUUAUAAAAAACGAAAAAAUCACAUCAAAUAUGAACAAAUAAUUUUUUUUAUUAAAGCAAAUAUAAAAAGUAUUAAAAUUUGAUAAGAUCGAGGGCUCAAUCACCCCCUUUUCCGGAUCCGCCAUUGCUUAGCGAAUGAAACGUCAUUAAUUUUUCAAUUUUCUUUCAGUACAUGUAAUAAGACUCAUAAAACAAUUGGCUACUUUCAUAUAAACCAUUCGUAAUCUUAUGCAUUUAAUUUUCGAGUUCUUCGAUAGAACGUUCGAACUAAGUAUCUUUUUUAACUUUCACCAAGUAAUUUACAACUUUAUAACCAUAAAUCAUGUAUACGCUAAUUUGUAACGUUUGUUAAGGUAUAUUUUGUAUUUAUUACUAUUUAUCAUACUAUGUAUAUUUUAAUGAUGUUUAAAAAUGUAGCUGUAGAAACGAACAUCCGCAUAAAAUAAAAAUUGCGGUAGGCCAUAA